CAAAUGGGUAUCAGUGGAAGCAACAGAGGAGAUUUGCUCUUCAUACACUCAGAAACUUUGGUCUGGGAAAGAAGACCCUGGAGUUUUCCAUCCAGCAGGAGUGCCAGUAUCUCACAGAGGCUUUUGCAGAUCACCAAGGCACACACAGACACACAAACACAUUAAACUCACACUUUUUAUGAUGACACAGUAAUAAUACUUUUUUUUUUAAAUCUUCGUUAAUAAUAACCAUUAAUGGUUAAUAUGGAUAUAUCCUUUUACUUUACCUCAAACUUCUGCAUGACAACGUAAACCCACACAUUACUACAUAAGACUCUAAAUCCAACUAUUCAAACAGUCAUAGUGAAACACACAACAAACUUAAACAUAAGUUCAUGUAAAAUUUGUUUUAAAGUAUCCAAAAUUCAUUAAUAUAAGUUUACUCAGAUUUUUUGUCUAAUGGCCUCUUUCAGGAAAUCCUUUUAAUACCCAGUCACUGUUAACCAAUGCUGUGUCCAACAUCAUUUGCUGUCUGGUGUUUGGGAAUCGAUUUGAGUACACUGACAAGCAGUUUCAGUCAAUUCUGCAGCUCUUCAAUGAGAUAGUGUGCUUGCAGGGAACCAUGUGGGCACAGAUUUACAACACAUUACCCUGGCUGAUGAGGUGGCUGCCUGGACCUCACCAAAAAAUAUUCACCAUAACCCAAAAGAUAAUUGACUUUGUAGAAGUCAAGAUCAAAGAACACAGAGAAAACUUCAACCCAUCAUCACCAAGAGACUACAUCGAUGCUUUUCUCUUAGAAAUGGGGGAGAAGGAGGACGAAGACUCUGGUUUUAGUCUCAGCAAUUUGUGUAUUUACCUGGACUUGUUUGGUGCUGGAACUGAAACCACUACAACUACUUUACACUGGGGACUGCUAUACAUGAUCUACUACCCUGACAUUCAAGAAAAAGUCCAGGCUGAGAUCGAUGCUGUGAUCGGUUCAUCCAGACAGCCGUCUAUGACUGACAGAGAAAACAUGCCGUAUACUGAUGCGGUCAUCCAUGAGAUCCAGAGAAUGGGCAACAUCAUUCCCCUCAAUGUGGCCCAUGUUGCAAACAGGGAAACGACAGUGGAUAAGUACACAAUCCCAAAGGGUACAAUGAUCAUACCUGCUCUACACUCGGUCUUAAAUGACGAGACAAUGUGGGAAACUCCAAACUCCUUCAACCCUCAACACUUUCUCGACCAGGAUGGUAAAUUCAGGAGGAGAGAGGCCUUCCUUCCUUUUUCUGCAGGCAAGCGUGUGUGUCUCGGGGAACAACUGGCCCGGAUGGAGUUAUUCCUGUUUUUUACCUCCCUCCUUCAGAGGUUUUCAUUCUCUGCACCUGCUGGAGAGCAGCCCAGCCUGGAGUUUAAGUUAGGAGCCACUCGCAGUCCCAAACCUUACCGCCUCUGUGCCGUGCCACGUUAAACACCAGCUCUUUUAAUCUGAGCACUUGUUUUCCCAGCAAAAUGGAUCGCAACGAAUCACCGUCUACCAUUACAUUUAUGUUGUAUUGAAUGAUGAUCUGCUAUAUUACUAUUUCUUUAGAUUAAAGUCAAUUGUUAUUUUUCAUUCUCUCCAUAUUAAAAUAGCAGUAAAUAUCUUCUCCUGCAACUUUCUUAAAGUCUUUUCCAGUGCACAUUAAAUUUGUCAGGCCUACCAAACUCAUUGUGCUCAAAUAAAUCACACUGUCAUUAGGAUUUGUGUUUAAGGUCACAAUAUAGUUUCAGACUGAGUUUUAACGGGUGGGAGUGCAGUUCAUUUCAGUGCUGUUUAUCAGUUUGAGAAUGCAUGAUGUAAUCUGGACACUUCAGUUUCAAUAAAAACUUUACUCUUUAUUUAAAGGUUUUCAGAGUCACUUGUUGUCUUCAUGAAUAAAACACCACAUUCUGGCAUGUGAAGAAAUAAAGAACUUUUCUUGGGUGUAAAUCAAACCUUUGCCUUUGCACACAAAGCAAAUUCUGAGGUGUUCUUUAUCUUCACAUGUGCAUGAUAUCAAAUAUAACCAGUGAGAGAAUGUCACCACAUCUAAAGUAA